CAGUGUAAAUGUGCCUGGGCUGAGAGAGCAGCAAAGAUUUGCUCUCGUCCUUCCUCAUCUAGCACUGGUCUAAACCAAAAUGCACCUUUUCUGGGCAGUAGCUCCAAGGGUAUGACCUUAAAGAGAACUAAGGACAGCAGGUCUCCAUAUCCUCAUCCUCACUAUCUGCAGUGCCCUGAAGUAUCUCCUCUGCACUUUUUGAUGAUGGAUGGCUGAAUCUGCUCUUCUGUGAUACGACUCACUCUUAGAAUUCCCAGAGGGCCUGGUAGCUACACCGUGGGCACGAUGUCAGAGCGCUUCGACUGCCACUACUGCCGUGACCCCUUGCAGGGCAAGAAGUACGUGCAGAAGGAGGGGCGGCACUGCUGCGUCAAGUGCUUCGAGAAGUUCUGCGCCAACACCUGCACUGAGUGCAAGAAACCCAUCGGGGCCGACUCCAAGGAGCUGCAUUUCAAGAACCGCUACUGGCAUGACAACUGCUUCCGCUGCUUCAAGUGCUACACGUCCCUGGUCAACGAGCCCUUCAUGCUGCGGGAGAACAACAAGGUUUGGUGCAGCAACUGCACUGCUGCUGAGGAUGCACCCAGGUGUAAGGGCUGCUUCAAGCCCAUUAUUGCAGGAGACCAAAAUGUUGAGUACAAGAAGAUGGUCUGGCACAAGGACUGCUUCACCUGCAGCCAGUGCAAGCAAGUGAUUGGAUCUGGGAGCUUCUUCCCCAAGGGCGAUGAAUUCUACUGUGUCUCCUGCCAUGAGCACAAGUUUGCCAAGACCUGCGCUAAGUGCAAGAACCCCAUCACUUCUGGAGGCCUCACUUACCAGGAACAGCCUUGGCAUUCUGAGUGUUUCAUCUGCUCCAACUGCAAGAAGCAGCUGGGUGGGAAGCGCUUCACAGCUGUGGAGGAUCAGUUUUACUGCGUUGAAUGCUACAAGGAGUGCGUUGCCAAGAAGUGUGCUGGAUGCAAGAAUCCUAUUACAGCAGGAUUUGGAAGAGGAACCAGUGUGGUUAACUACGAAGAUGAAUCCUGGCACGAUUACUGUUUCAAAUGCACAAAAUGUGCCCGUGGUCUGGCCAACAAGCGCUUUGUUUGCCAUAAUGGAAAAAUUUAUUGUGCUGAGUGUCCCAAACGACUGUAAAUGAGCAGAUGUAAGAUGGAUUUUAAAGCCCUGCUUUCCCAAACAGUCCUGGUAAAAGAGCAGGUUUUUGCAUGUUGAGAAUUUUAACUUUUUCCAUUUUAGCAUAAGAACUAAAUUAGCCUCAAUAUACUGGGUUUGACUUUUGAAGCUCCUGCAGUAAAAAAGCAUGCAGCCUUGCAAAAAUCUAACCUUGUUUCCAAGUAACUCCUAGUAUAAAGGCUUGAAAUGCUUUUAGAUUUAGAGAUCCACACACCGCAUCAUCCAUGUGUGGCUUAAAGUAAAACAAAUCUAGUUUUAAACUUAUCUCGUAAAUGAUUAAGCUUGGCACUUAACUGAAGUGAGUUUGACAAGGCAUGUACCUCCGACACGGAGAUGCAAAGAUUGCACCUGGGAUCAGAGGGAUCCAUUAUUAUGCUUCUGCAAGUACAGAUACACAACACACACCACAACAUUAAUAAGUAAUAAAUACCUUAGCUUACUCUACAACAUCACAUUGCAGCACAUGUACGGAAUGGCUUCAUCUUACAGAUAACAAUGUUUUUGGCAGUGACAUUUAGCUUAAUUAAGUUUCCAUAAACUUGUUUUAGUCUUGAUUUCCGCAUGGUUUGCCUGCAAGUUUUCUUCAUCAGCUUUUUUAUAUCAUUGUUUAAACAAGGCUGUCUGUGUACAGUUAUUAAUCCACUAACAAGUAGUAAAUCUUUCACCUACAACAUGCACAUGCAUUUACAAGUGCCUUAAAAAUAGCUCAGAUAAGGCUAGCUCUCCUAUCAUGUCAGUGUAUGUUUAGUGACUGAAUAAAAGUGAGACUAGUGCCUGCUUGGAA